AUGACUUUGUUGAGGAAAAUCAACCGUGGACUCGUCAUUCUGCUCAUCCUGGUGGCAGUUGCACUUCUGUUUAACAAGACACUACCCAAGAUUGCAGGUAGCCUGCACUUACAUAAUGGCUAUCAAACAGGUGUUGAGGAUGAGUUGGACAGAGACAUCCCUGUGCUGAUCUGUGCAUCUGAAGAGCGCAUAGGCGCUUCCAUGGCAACCAUCAACAACGUCUAUAGCAACACACGCGCUAACGUUUUCUUCUACAUAGUUACCCUGCAUGAUGCCAUUAGAAAGAUAAGGGAAUACAUUGUGAAUACCAAACUGAGAAAAAUCAAGUACAAGAUCCUGGAGUUCAACCUGAUGGUGUUGAAAGGGAAAGUAAAUCCGGACUCAUCCAGACCAGAACUGUUGCACCCUUUGAACUUUGUGAGGUUCUACCUGCCGCUCCUUGACAUUGAAAAUCACAAUCAAAUUAUUUACCUGGAUGACGAUGUCAUAGUGCAAGGAGAUAUACAAGAAUUGUACCACAUUAAACUGAAACCCGGGCAUGCAGCCGCUUUCGCUUCAGACUGUGACUUGCCCCAAACUCACGAGAUGGUGCGCACCGUGGGGAUGCAGACGACAUACAUGGGCUUCCUGGAUUACCGCAAAGAGGCGGUCAGAGAACUGGGCAUCAACCCCAGCGACUGUUCAUUUAAUCCUGGGGUUUUUGUAGCAAACAUUGCAGAGUGGAAAAAGCAAAAAAUAACUAAACAGUUAGAGAAAUGGAUGGCUAUAAACUUCAGGGAAAACCUGUACAGCAGUGCUGUGGCAGGGGGUGUGGCCACCCCUCCAAUGCUGAUCGUCUUUCAUAAUAGAUACACGACCAUUGAUCCACUAUGGCAUGUCAGACACCUGGGCUGGAGUCCUGGUGCUCAACAUCCUGCAUUAGUCCUCCAAGAGGCACAACUACUGCACUGGAAUGGCCAUUUCAAACCCUGGGAAUACCCAUGUGUCCAUUUAGAGCUUUGGGAGAAAUGGUUUAUUCCAGAUCCCACAGGACAGUUUUCUCUGGUACGACCAUAAGUUUUAACACACUGGUCU